AAGGCAAACACUCAAAAUUAUUAAAAUCCGUUCAUAGCCACGAGCCAACUGUCAUUGGCGCGAUGAAUAUUGAAGCAUGUUUGAGAGAAUGCAGUAAGAUGCACUCGAAUGCGUUGUCGACCAGUGAGCUAUUGAUAGUUUGAGAAAUUUAUUUGCUACUUUUUUUUAAAAUCGCAACGAUGCACGACGCUUACGAGGAAACGUCUAUAUUAAAUAUCACUGUGCAGAUUGAAUCUAUGGCUGCUUAUGAUGACAACUUAUUGAUAGGUACCAGGGAAGGUCAUCUUCUUAUGUACAAUGUCCCAUCGAUAUUCGAUGACAGUCACAAAUUGGAAUUAUUACGACACAGCAAGAACUUUAACAAGAAACGAAUCAAUCAGAUAGAUGUUGUGCCAGAAUACAAUUUACUUAUUAUCCUAACAGAUAAUAUUGUAUGCAUUCAUGAUUUAAAUUCACCAAAUUUUCAACAAAUAUGUCAAUUACCAAAGACUCGUGGUGCUACUCUGUUUACCCUGGAUAUUCAGUCGACUCAGAGCCUGACAGGAGAAAAGAACACAGUGGUACGUUUGUGUGUCGCUGUUAAACGUAAAUUGCAACUGUAUUAUUGGAAGGGAAAGAAGUUCGAGGAAUUUAAAGAUUUUGAAAUAACUGUGCCAGACAUACCUCGUCAAUUAUCAUGGUGUGGCGAAACGUUAAUAUUAGGAUUUCGGGGAUUAUCUUAUACUAUUUUUGAUCUAAAUGGCAAACCUAAGGAACUCUUCCCUACUGGAAAAUCUCCAGAACCCAGUAUUACAAAAUUAUCAGACAAUUCUUUCGUCCUAGGCAAAGAUUCUCAGUCGGUCGUCAUGGAUACAAAAGGAGAAUUGGUUCAACAUAACCCAUUAAAGUGGUCAGAUACACCUAAUGCAAUAGCGUGGGAUGAUCCUUAUUUACUUGGUAUAGUGCAUGACAGAUUGGAAGUGUAUACCUUAGAAGGAUGUCUUCAUAUUCAGACAAUAAAAGAUCUAAAUAAAGCUAGACUUAUAUAUCGAUGUAAACAAGGGAGAGUCUUUGUAGCAUCCAUUAGCCAGAUUUGGUGUGUCAAGGCAGUUGACGUUACUUUGCAAAUUAGAACUUUAUUGGAGCAAAAUCAGUUUCAGUUGGCGCUUAAAUUAACCAGCUUAUCAGCUAUAACAGAUGAGGAGAAAGCCAAACAAACGUAUAAAAUACAGACAUUGUACGCACAUCAUCUGUUUUACAAUAAGCGAUUUCAAGAGGCUAUGGAUUUGUUCUUAAAACUGGGAACCGAUCCAUAUGAAGUGAUUAGAUUGUUUCCAGAUUUAGUUACGCCUUCGACUAGUACUCAUGAACUUAGUGAAUCAGCACCUAAUUUGCCAAAGUUGCAAGAUCACGACUUAGAAAAGGGUUUACGUGCAUUGAUAGUUUUCUUAACUGAGGUCAGGCAUAAGUUAAUGGCAAAAGAUAAAGAACUUAGCAAGGAGAAAAACGGAGUAAAUGGAAAAAAUUUAACCGCGGUUGCUACCGAACAGCUUUUAAAAAUUAUAGAUACUACUCUUUUGAAGUGCUAUCUGCAGACCACUGAUGCUUUGGUGGCGCCUUUACUUAGAUUAAAUCACUGUCACUUGGCAGAAGCUGAGAAAACUUUAUUGAUGCAUCAGAAAUAUCCAGAGCUCAUUAUAUUGUAUCAAACCAAAGGACAACACAAAAAAGCAUUAGAGUUAUUGGAGAAGCAUGCGAAGGAAAACGAUUCUAGUCUAAAAGGUAUUGAGAGAACUAUACAGUAUUUGCAACAUCUUGGUAAGGAUCACAUGGAUUUAAUACUGAAGUUUGCUGGAUGGGUUUUAACUGAGGAUCCUGAGCAAGGCCUUAGAAUAUUUAUGGAAGAUAUACAGGAAGUUGAAAAUUUACCUAGACCAAAGAUAUUGGAUUAUCUCCUAUGUUUCCAUAAAGACUUAGUAAUACAGUAUUUGGAACACGUAGUACACGUUUGGGAAGAUACCAACCCACUGUUUCAUAAUGUCUUGAUACAUCAGUACAAAGAAAAGUGUUUAGCCGCCAUGAAUGCAAAUGCAUCGCCAGCGGAGAAAGAGAUCUUGCAACAUAUUCGACAAAAAUUGCAACAGUUUCUAGAAAAAUCGGCGUAUUAUACGCCGGAAACGAUAUUAGUGCAUUUUCCAUUUGACAGUUUAUUUGAAGAACGCGCGAUUAUACUCGGACGACUCGGUCGUCAUCAGCAAGCUAUCUCGAUAUAUGUUAGUCUUUUAAAUGAUAUACCACGUGCAAUACAGUAUUGUCAAAAUGUAUAUACAAAAUAUCAAAGUAACGAUCGUACGGAGAGGCAAAAACAAAUAAAUAAUGCCGACGAGGUGUAUGUUUUACUGAUUCAGCAAUUAUUAAAACCUAAUAAUGAUGGAAUUUUAAUGGCUGGUUGUAAUCCGGAAAUUCAAAGAACAACACAGCCAGAUUUAGAGAUGGCCCUUCGACUGCUAGAGGAACACGCUUCAAAGAUAAAUCCUAUGAAAGUUCUGGAGGUUCUACCGGAUUCCGUUCCUAUUGGUAGGAUAAAACACUUUCUGGAAGUCAGUUUACAGAAUAACUUGAAUGCAAAACGGAGAACGCAGGUUCUCAAAGGGUUGCUUUACGCGGAACAUUUACAAGUGCAGGAACAACGGAUGCAUUACGAAUCACAGAGUGUCCUCAUGACAGAAUUUAACAUAUGUCCAGUUUGUAAAAAGCGAUUCGGUAACCAAAGUGCUUUUGCGAGAUAUCCGAAUGGCGAUAUAGUGCAUUACUCUUGUCAAGAUCGCAAGUGAUAAAGAUCGCAAGAGAUAAAGGAGUCGCAAAAUUAUAUAUAAGUCAAGUCUUAUAAUAUAUAAGUCUAAGAUUGUAUAUAUCAAAUAUAUGCAUUUUAUAUAACGUGAAUUUCGCAUAUGAAAUUCCAAUAUAUAUAUAUAUAUAUAUUGUUACGCAAAACUCAUGAAUUAUUAAACUUAAAAUUAAAAAUUAUUAAUGAAACUACUUUUCAUAACAAAUUUCUUAAGUCAAUUAUUACGAUUUCUUUUCUGUAUGCUAUAUUCAUUAUAUUCAUUAUAAUUACAAGAAAAAAAAGUGAAAAAAAUAUCGAUUAUACAAAACACGUAAGUAUUUUAUCGACAUAUUUUUACAAAAUUAUUGUGAUUGAACAAUUACAAUAGUAAGAUGUCACAAAAGAUGUUACAAAUAGAUAAAUAAAUAAAAAAAAUUCCAAGAAUA